ACAACCACAACAGCUAAUAGCACUACUGAUACUGUAACAACAACUAGUACAACCACAACACCUAAUAGUAUUACUCCUACAACUACAUCAACAACUACUACAACUACAACACCUAAUAGUACUACUACAACUACUACUACUACGACAACUACUUCAACUACAACAGCUAAUAUAACUACAACCACUACUACUACAACUAAUAUUACUACAACAACUACUACAACUACUACAACACCUAAUAGUACUACUACAACAGCUAAUAGUACUACUACAACAGCUAAUAGUACUACUACACCUACUACAACAACUACUACAACUACAACAAUUAGUACAACUACAACAGCAAAUAGUACUACUACUACAACUACUACAACACCUAAUAUUACUACAACAACUACUACAACUACUACAACAGCUAAUAGUACUACAACAACUACUACAACUACUAUAACUACUACAACAGCUAAUAGUACUACUACAACAACAUCGUUUCUGUUCCCCUCACCUCGCUCAGGUGUGAUUUACAUGCAGCCUGGUGUAUCUGCAUGUAUCGAAGCGGCUGAUAGCAGUGAGCUGUUCUGAUUGGUGGGUUAGUUUGGGAGUUAAUCCACUGCAUUACAGUCAGAUUGAUCUCUGUGUGUCUGUGGUAUUACACUGGGGACAGGAAGUAAAACAUUGUCUGACUCUCAUUCUGUCUCUCUCUCUCUCCCACACAGACACAAAACCAGCUCUCUGUAUUUUUACAUCACUAUAUCUGUCU